AUGGAGCAUAUAGAUGGUAUCACUUAUGGCCUCGUGACCAAUUUCAAAUGCAACGGACAUUCUCAAGAAUGUCUAGCUGACUGUACAGAUGGAUGUGUGGCGACCCUUAUACAAGUGCGACGCACCGACACGCCGGAAGCAGUUCCGGGCGUGGAGGCGCGAGCUUCGUUGAUCGCGUACCGAGUGUUGGCACCGCGCCUCGUUUUGCGCGCUUUACCUUGCUAUGGGGAUAAACGACAAGAAUGUGAAGGGUGCGCUUUAGAUACUGGUCUGGACAACAGCCCCCGCGGUUCUGCGGUGCUUCGUCCCAGCACAGCGCUCACUCUCGGAGACACUUCGUGCUGUCGACUCAGAAUCACGAACAUUACUCCGCUACCUACGAGUGUCAAGUGGGAGCCGGCUAUUGAACAUGAAGAAUUUGUAGCAGUAACUUUUGCACCAGAGCAAUUUAAAAUCAGAGGCCAUUCCGAGGUAGACAUUAUGGUCGUAUUGGAAGCGAAGAAAGUUUGCCAUCGCCGGCUAUUCCUUCGCAAGGCCAACGUCGAGCACACGCAGAAACCUUUGUACUUAGUUGUCGACGCUGCUGUUUCUGGUGUGGAAGUUGUAGUGGAGUUUCCGAUAGGAGAUAAAGAAACGCUCUCUUUUCCUAGAAUCAAGCUGACGCAGAAAAAUAAUUUCAAACAAUCUGUAGCGACACAGGAGCUGAAAUCUUCUGAAGAAAUAUUUAGUGACUCUGAUCGUAAACGAGAAGACACACGAGGUCAGACGUAA